AUGGAACGCACAUGGACGCGGCGCUGGCGUCUGGCUCUGGCCGUGCUGUGGUGCAUUUCUGCAGAGGGGGCGGAUGCACGGGGCUUGCUUGGGGUUGCCGCCGCCGCCGCUACACCCGGCGCUGAAGGCAGCAGUGACGAUGCCGUCAAUUCCGCAAUUGCUUAUGGCCUGCUGACAGCCGAAAAGGACUUCCAGUACCUGGUUUCCCUGCUGGACAGUGCCGACAGCUGGGCCGGCUGUGGUGGCGCGCUUAUUCGCCCCCGCCUCGCCAUCACAGCAGCUCACUGUGUAAAGAAAGCCAAUGGCAAAAUUUCUGACGUCAAGGCGGUGUACAUCGGAAUCCGAAACUGGGAAACCGACAUGCCGAGUCAGUACGAAUACCGCAAAGUGACGAAGAUUGUGGUGCACGGGCAGUACAAUCCCGACACGCUGGCAAAUGACAUCGCCCUGCUGGUGCUCAAUCGUCCCGCCAAGACCAAGCCGGUGCUGCUGCCUCCCCCUACCUACAAGCUGAUACCGGCUGAUGUUUAUGAGGACGGUGACUGGCUGUUUGUGGCGGGCUUUGGCUCCACGGAACAGGGUGACACCUCCAGGCUCUUGUACGCAGAAGUGCCGUUCAUUAGCAGAGCCUACUGCAACGAGAUCUAUAUCGACGAGUUUGAGUCAGACCCUGUGCCUACAACCCACAUCUGUGCGGGGUAUGCGGACGACAGCCAAGACUCCUGUGAAGGUGACAGCGGCGGCCCACUGGUUAAGAGGACCAAGAAUGGCGAUGUGCUGGUGGGAGUGGUCAGUUAUGGGCCCGGCGGCGGCUCUUGCGGUGGGGACAUGAACCUGGGGGCCUAUACCAGCGUCACGGCAAUGCGGCGGUGGCUGCUCUCCAUAAUCGCGUCGUUGAAGCUCUGA